AUGGUGGUGGUGGCCUGCGGUUCAAAGGUUGACUCGUUGCGUCUGGGGGGGGGAUUCUGUACGGCACACACACACACAAAAAACAUCGGGGAUAAGCCUCAAACGGGAGUUGAGCUUGGACACACAAAGAGUUCAGCAUCAGAUGAGAUGGAAGUUAUCACACUCCUGCUCUUAUUCAUCAUCGUGCCUUUACAUUUGUCCAUCCGACAAACAAGUAAGUACCGGAAAAAAAAAAUGUAUAAAAACCCCACGCUGGUUUAUAGAAAUCUUGGUAAAUGUUUUGAUCUUCUGAUUUUAGGACUGGAAAUUUUGGACGUGCGUGAAUGGUUAACAAAUACAAAAGAGGAGAGUAAAGAUGCUGAUGGUGACGCACUGCAAGAAGAGCGGGCGAGCAUGCUGGUGGCAGGGAUCAUCCAAAACAAAUCAAAUAGUGUGCCUCGUGGUACUCCGACUCCUCAAUCUUUUUCCAACUCAGAAGCUCCCAGCAUCUUCUCAACUGUGACUCCCGAGGUCCACAAGUCCAUCGCACCCAUGGAAGACGUCCUCACCGAGGUGCUUCCGGAUGCGGGAGCCCAACCUGUGAGGAACGCCACAGGUACACGAGAGUAUGACCAAACGGUGACCGAGCCUUCCGUCAAAAGCGACAAAAAUGCACGUAUUGGAAAUGGCAAGCGAAACGGAAGGGGCAAAAACGUCAAAGAAAUGAAGACCAAAAAGACGGAGCGUUUUCCUUACUUCAAGGACAACUACUGUCCUCCGGAUUGCGCUUGCUAUGGAAGGGUGGUCCAGUGCUCAGACAAAUCGUCGGACAAGAUCCCGUACGGCAUCCCCUACAGCUCACGUUACAUCCUGCUGAUGAACAACCACAUCAACAGCAUCCAGCUGGACCUCCUCCGGGGAUACGACUCUUUGGAGUUCCUGGUCCUGAGCAAAAAUCGCCUGACAGACGACUCGGUGGAGGGGGCGUUCGAGGGCGUCCCGGCCCUGAAACGUCUCUACCUGGAUGGGAACCUGCUGGCGAGCGUACCGACGGACCUUCCAGCUUCCCUCGAGGAGCUUCGCCUGGAUAACAACCGCGUGAGGGUGAUGUCCGAGUCGUCUUGGGCUCGCUGUCGUGGCCUUUUGGUGUUAAGCCUCAGCAACAAUGCUUUGGGCGAAGGAUCGGGAUCACUUCCGGAUGGCGCGCUGUCGCCCCUGCGACACUUGAGGACUUUGAACCUGGAUCGCAAUCAACUGACGAGCGUCCCCCUUGGGUUGCCUCUGUCCGUCAAGGAGCUGUACCUCAGAGGCAACCUCAUCGAGCACUUUGGCGGCGGAGCAUUCAACGGGCAAUCCCGGCUGGCGAUUUUGGACCUGAGUGCCAACAGACUGAGCAACAAGGGCCUGCCCAAAGACGCUCUCAUCCGAGCGCCCCACCUGGAGAGUCUCAACCUGGAGGGCAACCGACUCCAAAAAGUACCCCGACACCUCCCCUCGUCCGUCAAAACGUUAAACCUCGAGGGCAACCUCAUCUCCGCGAUUGGAAGAGUCGCUUUCAACUCCUUGAAGAACCUGGAACAUCUGGGACUGGCCCGGAACAAGAUCUCCAAAGUGGCCCCGGGCGCAUUCUGGAGUUUGGGCGCCCUGCACCAGCUGGACCUUUGCCACAACGCCUUGAGCCAGGUGCCCAGACAGCUUCCGCGGGGCCUCCGCUCGUUGGCGCUCACUCACAACAAGAUCCGCUCGGUGCCUCGGGACGCCUUCUGCUGGGGUCAAGCGGGCUCAGGUCUCAGCGGGCUUGUCCGGGUGCAGUUAGCGGACAAUUUGAUGGACAUGGCAAAGCUGGACUCCAAGGCCUUCGGGUGCUUGAGGGGAUUUCAGGUUGUGCAUUUCUACUGAAACAAAAGCCACCGGAAAACAAGGCAAAUAGGACUGCUGGGAUCCUAAAAUGUAUUGUUUGAGUUUGGCGUAAGAAGCGGGAAUC